AUGUCCGCCACCAUGUCCCGCUCUGCGCCACCGCCCUCCCACCAGGAGGUGACGCGCAAACUCUCCAUGCACUCCAAGCCACCCCCAAAGGUCCGUGUCCUUGGCCGCGCCUUAUCGCGCCGGCAUCUGUGCACUCGCGGUGCCUAUGUCAUUGUAUGCUACUCUGACUCUGAGUCUGUCAUCGUCGCCCCAGAGGCGUCCAACGCCGCCCCGACCGUGGCCAUCGCCGGAUCCGCACUCGUGACGAGCCCCUCCUCACAGCCACCCGCGCUCUCCGCCAUCGCAGAGCGCCGCGACGGGAGCGGCGAGGAAUCAGAGGAGGACGAGGAUGAGGGCGUGGGCGGCUGGCGGACCGUAGACGUAAAGAGGCCCCAGCGUGGGUCGUAUGACGAGACGAUGCUCAUGUCAGGCUACCUCUGGAAGAAGGGCGAAAGGAGAAAGACGUGGAAGCGGCGCUGGUUCGUGCUGCGCCCCGCGCACCUCGCGUUCUACAAGACCGACGCGGAGUACAAGCUCCUCCGCCUGCUCGACCUCAACGACGUGCACACCUGCACGCCCGUCGCGCUCAAGAAACACUCCAACACGUUCGGGCUCGUCUCACCCACGCGCACGUUCUACCUCUCCGCGGAGACCUCCCAGGAGCUCACGGACUGGGUCAAGGCGAUCAGCAAGGCGAGGCAGGCCCUUCUCGCUACGAACACCCAGGCCUCCGCUACUGCCCCGGUCCCCAUACCGAGCUCUACCUCCCACCACCAUGUUAAUAAACCUCUGCACUCCGCGCCGCCGAUCGUUGCGUCAUCGCUCUCGCAGUCCCCUCACGGGCACCACCUUACCUCUUCAGACUCGGACGACGCGUCCCCGGCGCCCGUGAGACACCUCCAGGACCACUCCCCGGGCAAGGCGGGGGCGGUCAAGGAUUCCCCAAUAGUCGUUCUGUCCGGGUAUUUACUAAAGUGCGGCUCGCGGCGUCACAAUUGGCACAAACGAUGGUUCGUCCUCAGUAGUGAGAAGCUCGUGUAUUCUCGGAGUCAUAUGGACACGAAGCCACAUCGACAAGUACCGCUGGCCCAGAUCCUCGACGCACUCGAGUACGACCUUCCCUCGCACCGCCACGCACCAAGCAGCACGGUCGCCGGGAGCGCGUCCCCUCCACAACAGUUCGCUGGCAUCGGCGACGGCGACGACACGCACGGCCAGAAUACCUUCAAGAUCGUGACGACGAAGCGGACGCUGCUGGUCUGUGCGCCUAGCGAGGAGGAGGAGAUCAAGUGGCUGAGUGCGGUGCGUGCGCUUAUCGCGCGGCGAUCGGAGGCUGGCGUCGUGCCCGGGGAUGCAACACCAGUGAAGCUCGCCCCCGGGGCGCCCGCUGCUGGUGCUGGCGCGGGCGCGAGCAUGGGUACGGGCGCGGGGAAACGCAGAGACUCGUUCGCCCGGCGGCUCAGCCUGAGUGGGCGACCCGCGCUGGGGAGCGUCGUCGUGCCGCAGGAAGCGGCAUCUGAACGGCAAUCUUGA